GCUCUCAAGUAUUUACAAAUAACUAACUGGAUUUGGGGAUUUCUCCGUCCAAAAACCCGUUAGUAUCCAUCGUUGGCGUUGUUUUCUUGGAUUACAAUGCCGUUUCCGACGAAACCUAUGGAAGCGGUGAAGGAUUCGGAGGAGUGGAGAAGCCCUUCUAACAACCUAUGGGUUGGGAAUCUGUCGCCGGAGGUCACCGACUCCGAUCUCAUGGAGCUCUUUGCUCAAUACGGCGCUCUCGAUAGCGUCACCACCUAUUCGUCUCGGAAUUACGCUUUUCUGUUCUUCAAGCGCAUUGAAGAUGCUAAGGCCGCUAAGACCGCCUUACAAGGCGCUUCUCUGCGCGGGAUUCCCAUCAGAAUUGAGUUUGCCAGACCGGCAAAGCCAUGUAAACAUCUAUGGGUCGGUGGUAUUAGCCCAGUUACUACGAAGGAAGAAUUGGAAGCAGAAUUUCGUAAAUUUGGUGAAGUUGAGGAUUUUAAGUUCUUCAGAGACCGCAAUACUGCAUGUGUUGAAUUUCUAAAUUUGGAUGAUGCUACUCGGGCCAUGAAAAUCAUGAACGGGAAGUGUAUAGGUGGGGACCAGAUUCGUGUUGACUUCCUUCGAUCACAAUCUACAAAAAAAGAUCUUUUGGUUGAUUAUGGACAGUUUCAGGCAAGAAUACCGCAUUCACAACCUUCAAUGGGGAGGAAUGGUCAACCCAGUAAGAUUUUGUGGAUAGGUUUUCCUCCUUCUUUUCAGAUUGAUGAACAAAUGCUCCACAAUGCCAUGAUUUUAUUUGGUGAAAUUGAGAGAAUCAAGAGUUUUCCUUCAAGACAUUAUUCACUUGUUGAAUUUCGAAGUGUUGAUGAAGCUCGGCGUGCCAAAGAGGGUCUUGAAGGACGGCUGUUUAAUGACCCUCGAAUAACAAUUAUGUAUUCAAGCAGUGAGCUGGUACCUGGCUUUUAUCCUGGAAGUAAAGGGCCAAUACCUGAUGUCUUACCUAAUGAGCAUCCAUUUCGACCACUGCAGAUGGAUGUAUUUGGUCAUAAUCGUCCUCUGGUUCCAAAUAAUUUUCCAGGACUUUUGCCACCUGGUGGUAUUAUUGGAACUAAUGUUCCAAUGCGGCCUUUUGGUCCUCAAGGUCUUGAACCUCUUAUCUCUGGUCAUGAGUUUAAUGAGAUGGGCACACUCCACAAAUUUCAGGAUGGUAGCUCCAAAAGUCAGAUGGGUCCAAACUGGAAAAGGCCAUCUCCUCCUGCACCAGGAUUGCUUCCUUCUGUGCCAAAUAUUAGGCCUCCUACAAGAUCCAACUCUGGUGCAUGGGAUGUACUUGACAACCAAUUUCAGAGAGAUUCUAAACGUUCAAGGACAGAUGGUGCUUUGCUCAUUGAUGAUGCUCGAUUUCCUUCAAGGAAUAUAGAUGAUCCAUUUAUUGAUGGAGGUGGUUCUGGUCCAAAGAGUCACCUUGGUCCAGUGGGCACUAGGAUCACAGCUGGAGGACCUGGUUCUGCCCAACCCGAUAUUGAUCAUAUAUGGCGUGGAACUAUUACAAAAGGGGGAACGCCUAUUUGUCAUGCUAGAUGUGUGCCUAUUGGGAAAGGGAUAGGGACUGAGCUUCCCAAUGUUAUUGAUUGCUCUGCUAGGACGGGAUUGGAUAUACUCACGAAACACUAUGCUGAUGCAAUUGGUUUUGACAUUGUUUUCUUUCUCCCUGAUAGCGAAGAGGAUUUUGCUUCAUACACUGAUUUCCUUUGUUAUCUCAGAGCAAAAAACCGUGCCGGUGUUGCCAAGUUUGUUGAUAGCACCACUUUAUUCUUGGUACCUCCUUCUGAUUUCUUGACCAAGGUUUUGAAAAUUACAGGACCUGAACGUUUAUAUGGUGUGGUUCUUAAAUUCCAGCCCGUUCCAGGCAGCUCACCCUCAACUCAGCAUAUGCAGCAGAUUCCUCCUCCACAAGCUGUGUAUGGUUCAAUUUCUGCAAAGGAGGAACAGAUUUCGACAAUGGAUUAUAACAGAUUGUUGCAUGAGGAUUCUAAGCUUCCUCCAAAACCUCUUCAUCCAGCUACAAGUGGUCCCCCCUCUGUUCAUUCUGUUCCUCCUGAUUAUGCUUCUACUAAUACUGCUUUUGCAUCCCAAGCUGGAGUUACAUUAACACCUGAGCUUAUUGCAUCUUUAACUUCUUUACUCCCUGUAACUACACAAUCAUCUGCCACUUUUGGAGCAAUGACAGCAGUUGGCUCCUCGACUGUGAAGCCACCAUUUCCUCCUGUUGCACCUAAUGAUGGAAAUAAAUCUCAUUUUUGGAAGCAAGAUCAUGAAAUUGCAGGUCCACCCAGUCGUCCCCCUCAACAGUUUGUGAGUAUGUACAACAUUCACAGUGCUCAAUAUCAGCCUUAUCCACCGGCAUCUACUACUGCUCCCCCUGCUCAAGUGGUCUCUGGCAGUUCUCAUCUCCAAGAUACUGCUGCCAACCUGCAGCAGCUAGGUACUGUUUCAUCUAGACCCAUGACUAAUUUCGUCAUACCUUCUCAAAGUGGACAGGUAGCUGUAUCCCCUCAAGUCAGUCAGCAGUAUCAGUAUCAGUUUGAAGUGUCCCCCAGCACCCAGAAAGGAUAUGGAGUGGUUCAGGGAACCGAUGCCUCUGUUUUAUAUGGUUCUGGGGCUGUCCAGCAACCUAAUAAUUUUACUGCCUCAUUUAAUCAAGUUCCCAGUGCUAAUCCUUCACAGCAACAACCUGUGACGCCCUAUACAGUGGACAAUGUUAACUCGGAGCCUCCCAAUCAGCAACUUCAACCCACUUUCCCUGGUGUUGGUCAGGGUACAUCAGAAGUGGAGGCUGAUAAGAACCAGAGAUACCAGUCAACAUUACAGUUUGCUGCCAACCUUCUCCUCCAGAUACAGCAACAGCAAACACAAGGAGGGCACAGCUCAGGAAAUCAACAAUAAGAAUUGUUUUCUGUAAGUUACUAUCCUAUGACUAAUUCUUUGAAAUGGAUGAAAUCUUUAUAUCAUAAUAAACUAACCUAGGUUGAAUAUUUUCUGCACAUUUAGGAAUCUACUUUAUAGGGAGAAUUAAUAGUAUUUGGUCCUUGUAGGAAAAUAAGUUGGUCUCUUUUCUUUUAUUUAUAAUUCUCCCGUCAUAAUAUUUCUACAGUACUCUCCUUGGUAAGACUGGCUCAUUAAAUGACUUAGUUUCAAAUAUAGUUUCAGAUAUAUAGAUACAUUAACUCUGAUGCUAUCCCUAUGGUACGUGCAUAAUGCUUUCACUAUGGUUCAGAUAGAGUCUAGUAAAUACCCCAUUUGUAGUAGACCUUACUUUUGCUUAUUUUGUGCGCUAUCAUUAAUUUUGUUUAUUAUUAUCUUAUUUCUGAUUGGUUUGAAUUCUUUGGCUUUAAACUCCAUCAUAUGCUGUUUCAUUUUCUCUAUCUCCCAUAUAUGUCAUAAUAAUUUUUUCUGUUUGUUUUUUUUAUUGCUAUAGCUUACCUUCUCAAUUGCUGGAAUGUGUUGUUAGAUACCAAUAUUGUGCCAUAGAAUAGGGUAUAUUAACUCUUGAACUUUUCUCUUCUGCAAUUGCAUGUUAAUAACUUUUGUUUUAAGUUUUGUAUACCAUUAUUUCUUAGCUGUAGGGUUUGAGUAUCCCCCCCCCUUUCUUAGGGUUGGGAAUUCAAUCAUUCUAUAACUUAUUUCAUUGUGAGCUGUAAUUUUCACUAUGUAAGAAUCUUGAAUGUGCUUCCAAAGAAUAUUUGAAGACAC